CUUGAGAAGACCACACUAUCAGAAAAUAGUAAUUUACAAUCAAUUUCAAUAUUUGUAUUGAUACAUGAUCGCAGCAUGAUCCCAUAGCAUGAGUCAAUACAAUACAGUCCUAUCUAAUACUGCAUGAAGCACCAUCAUGAUCCAUGUGCUCCUUCUUCUUCCAGGCGACCUGUUAUGUGAGAGCAGACGUGAACUGAUACAGUUGGCAGCAUGUUGGACAAGGUUGUGUACGGUGUUGCUGGGGCAGCAGGGGCGUCUGUUGUGGCCUGGAAAACCAUGUUUCCUUGGAUAAAUCAUGACCUCAAGAUCAUCAAGGUGCAGAAGCGCCUCAAAACUGAAAAGGAUAAAGAUUUGGAAAGUGGAGAGUUUCUGAUAGACAGAUUUGAGAAACAUGUCUAUAAUCAACCCAGGAAGCCGUUUAUUAUUUUUGAAGGCAAUGUUUUCACUUAUGAAUACAUUGACCAGCAAGCCAAUAGAGUAGCAAAUGUUGUGAGGACAUGGGGGCUGUCGGUGGGGGACACAGUGGCCAUGAUGAUCUACAAUGAGCCAGCUUUUGUGUGGACAUUUCUUGGUCUUCAGAAAAUGGGAAUUGAGGCAGCUCUGAUCAACUUUAACCUGCCUCACAAACAGUUGAGUCAUUCUGUCAAUGCUAGCGGAGCUAAGGCAUUCAUCGUUGGACCAGGAGCGGAACUCUUUGAUGCAGUCCAUGCUGAGGAAGAAGAGUUUGGUGGCAUGCCAAUAUAUAUCCAAGGAUGUUCAGCCAAUCAGAUGCCUACUGGUUACAUCUCAUUCGAUGAUCUCAUGGCAGCAUCGUCUCCUGCUGGAGUUGACGGCAGCGUCCGUGCAGCUUUAACUCCAAUGUCCCCAGUUUGUUAUAUUUACACGUCUGGCACUACUGGACUGCCCAAACCAGCACCUGUUUCUCUGAGGGAAAUGAGCAUCGGUCUUGCAAUUGCCAACUGCACCAGCAAUGACAUCGUGUACACCGUACUUCCACUUUACCACAGCUCAGGUGGAGGCAUCGGACUGUUUGGGACAAUCAAAGUUGGUGCAACUAUGGUUUUGCGAAGGAAAUUUUCAGCAUCUCACUUCUGGGAGGACUGCUCUUGCUACAGGGUCACCAUUAUACAGUAUAUUGGUGAACUGUUCCGGUAUCUUCUUUCACGGCCAGAGAGCCUUGACGAGAAGAGUCAUCAAAUUCGAGCAGCAUUUGGCAAUGGUCUGCGCAGAGACAUUUGGAAGCAGGUGCAGACGAGAUUCAAAAUACCCCAAAUAAUUGAGUUCUUUGGGGCAACAGAAGGAAACACAAUGUUGUUCAACCUCAGUAACAAACCUGGGGCUAUUGGAAGACUCUCCCCAUUGUUGCAGAGGUUGAGUCCAAAUUACCAAACCUUGGUCAAAUAUGACAUUGCAACGGCAGAACCAAUCAGAGACAGCAACGGACAUUGUAUAGAAGUUAAACCAGGAGAGAAGGGCCUGUUCAUUUCGGCCUUUGCUCCAGAGAUGAAAGAAGUCAACUUCUAUAAGGCAUCACAGGAAGCCAAUGAAAAGAAACGUGUCCGUAAUGUUUUCAAGAAAGGCGACUCUUACUUCAACUUCGGUGACAUCUUCUACCUCGACGGAGACUACUUUGUAUACUUUGUUGAUAGAAUUGGUGACACUUUCAGAUGGAAGGGUGAGAACGUAUCAACAACGGAGGUGGCCAACAUUUUGACCUCCUUAGAUUUCAUCCAUGAUGCCAAUGUCUAUGGCGUCACUAUUCCAGGGCAAGAUGGUCGAGCCGGCAUGGCAGCCCUGACACUCUACGAUGACAAACCCUUGACCCACGAGCUCCUGCGAAAAAUCUGGAAACACUGUGAGGAAAAUCUAGCUACAUAUGCCCGUCCAAUGUUUCUGCGUCUUCAAAAGGAGGCUACGCUGACAGCUACAUUCAAACAGAGGAAGGUUGAGCUGGUCAAGGAGGGAUUUGACAUCAACCUAGUGGACGAUCCUCUCUAUUUUGCUGAUCAGGUCACUAAGUCCUACAUUCCCAUAAAACAGGACACAUACUCCCGAAUCUUGACCACAUCCAAGUUGUAGCUGUGGCAGGGGUAGCCAGUCCUAAUUGUAGGUGUCAGCACCUGUACCAUGAACCACUGUUGCCUUGUAACUGACCAGGGGAACCUUAUAUCCUCAGUAUUAUAACAUAAGUAAGCUCCAGGUGUAAAGUCAAAGGAAUAUUCUUGGUUACCAGUUUAUAUCUGGAAUAGACAGUUUACUUCAUUUUCCAUCCAAAAGAGAUACUUAUGUUACUGUAAUCAUGAGCCAAUUCGAAAUUUUUGUCCAUUUCUAUAUUGUAAUUAAUGAUUGUCCAUUCAUAGCAUCAUCUCAAUAUUGAUGAGGGAUGUGUUCAAGCACACAGCUUCUUAUUAUUAUCAUGAAAGGUAGUAAACAAAAACAAUCCACGAACGUAUACCAAGACUGGUUUUGGUCUGGAUUGGAAUGUGGUCUUUUUUAGUAUGAUGGAAUUAAUUAUUACUAUACGGAUCUAGCGAUAUUAGUCAGUGCUCAUUUCACAGAAACAUAUCUGCCCCUUGUCUUAAUCCACAAGCAUUCGUAGCGUUAUCUUAAGUAUAUUACUUCAUUAUAGGUUUAUGAAUAUCAAAGUGCCUUGAACUCUUGUGGAUUGGGCACCUUGAUGUUAACAUAUAUUCUGUGACCUCUAUACAUGUAUGUGGCGUUCAGUGAUUUUUGUCUUGUUUUCAGAUGAACUAAUGACACUGUUUUACAGGCUACUUUUUGUGACAAAAUAGAUAUUAUCGUGCGUGAAAGUGCCAACUUUUAAAGUUCAGGAGGUUAGAUAAAGGUUUUCCUUGACAAGAAAGGGCAAAUGUUCUAUUUGUUAUCUAUUUAUGUAUGGAGGCUUGGAACAUACCUAAC